AUGGCAUUUUUCGGUACCCCUUCUACUUCCACAUCUACUGGAUCAAACUCUGGUCAAUCUCACCAAGUAAAACAACAAAUUCAGGAUCAAAUUAGUCAAGAAUUAGCAGUUGCUAAUGCUACUGAAUUAGUAAACAAGAUAACGGAAAACUGUUUUGAAAAGUGUGUAGAACAACCUCAGAAUGGCUUAAACCCACAACAGGAUGCAUGUGUUAAUCAAUGCUUAGAAAAAUAUAUGAGAUCAUGGAAUGUGGUUUCAAAAUCGUACAUUACCAGAAUCCAACAAUCAUCCAACUAA